UCUCCUCAGUGCGCUGUCCACUUCAGCACCACAAGCCGAGCAGAGGCAGCGGGGCUAGCUAACGCUGAAGAGGAGGGACAGAAGACUCCACAUCAGCACCCAGAAGACACACUAAAUACCCGGCGAGGCGAAAGACAACAGGAAAGAGUUCAGUAAUCAUGUACGAUGCGGCAAGGGUGCCAUCUCCCAAAGAUGGUGCAAACGGGAUGGCCCAGCCCGUGUUGCCUGGAGCAGGAGCAGGAGCAGCUGCGGGAUCGGGAGGGCCGACGCCGACCUCAAUCCUGCAGGCUAAAACUGAGGAGGGACAGCCUUGUACAGAGGAAGAGGAGGAGGUGGAGUCCAAAGCAGAGCCCAUCCUCGUGAAAAAGCCACACCGAGAGAUUCUGGACCACGAGAGGAAGAGGAGGGUAGAGCUCAAAUGUAUGGAGCUCCAGGAGAUGAUGGAGGAGCAGGGGUACACAGAAGAAGAAAUUCGACAGAAAGUGAGCACGUUCAGACAAAUGCUGAUGGACAAGGAGGGCGUUAUCACCAGAGAGGGCUCACACACGCAACCAGUGAUCAACCACCUGCAUUAUCGGCCUGAUGGGUACGAAGAAGACCCUGAAUUGGUUGGCUAUCAGGUCGGAGGCUAUGACCAUGAUUACCACAGCGACAACCGAGUGAAGAGGAAAUCAAGCAGCUCUCCAUCCCCUCGUCCAAAGAAAAGGAAGAAGAAGAAAUCUGGCCGCCGAAGGAGUCGGUUCGGCAGCUCCUCACCCACUCACAGAGAGAAGAAGAAAAAGAGUGGGAAGAAACACAAGCGAGACAGAUCUGCGUCUGGCUCCAGGAAAAAGAGGAGAUACAGAUCGGGCAGCCCAAAGAACAAACACAAAGACAAGAACAAACAGAAGAAGAGGUCCCCCGGUGAGACCCCCAGCAGGAGUUCACAGCGUCAAGGCAGCUGCUGCAGCUCCCGUAGCGCCUCCCUGUCCUCCACUCGGAGCACCUCCAAAUCUCCUGCCAGACCGAACUCCAAGCACAAGACGGACGGACAGAAGGCGUCCGGCACCUCGCUGUCCCCAGGCACCAACACUCCAGCCGCGUGGCACAACGGGGACCACACCCAGCAGCGGAGCCGCAACGGCAAGGCCGGCAGACUCAACCACGGCGAUGGCGAGAAAGGGCACGAUAAGCUCCGUCUGCUGACCGCAAGCUCUGCAAGCAUCCAGACCGCUCUGCUGAGAGAGCACAAGCUCCACAGCACCCCCAGCAGGAGCCAAGCGGGACAGAUGUGCGCAGCAGGAGAGGCUGGGAGUGUGGACGGCAGGAACACAGCUGUAGGGAGCUCCGUAACCCAGACGUCAGGGAGGAGAGGGAGCCAGAGAGGCCAGAAUAAGGCCUCUCACUCCCCUGCUCACAGCAGCGACUCGGCCCACUCCCAGCACAACCACGCUCACAGAGGGAGGAACUCUCGCCACCAGAGAAAGACAAAAGGUGGCCACUCUUCCAAGCGUCACCACCGCUCCAGUCGGGGUCAGGCACACCACCGGAGCCAGUCGGCAUCUCCGGGACGCCAUCCACACACAUCUGGCAGGAAGAAAGAGGAGUCUCGGAGCAAACCCAACCUCCGGCAGCGCAGCAGCUCCUGGAGCAGCGGGCGGUCGUCCUCACGCUCAGCCUCCAGAGACAGAGGCCCCAGCAAGGCCAAGUCCCCACACAACAGACAGAACAACUCCAGAGAGCGGGACAGCCCCAACCGCUCUGACACCGACAGCCGAGCUCGCCGCCGCUCACGUAGCUACUCGCCCAUUCGCAAAAGGAGAAGAGAUUCGCCCAGCUUCAUGGAGGCUCGCAGGAUCACCAGUGCUCGGAAACGUCCAAUCCCGUACUACCGGCCCAGCCCUUCAUCAUCCAGCUAUGACAGCAGCCCGUCGCGAUCCAGCCGCAGCCGUAGUCGCAGUUACAGCAGCUAUAGCCGCAGCAGAAGCCACAGCCGGAGCCACAACCGGAGCCACAGCAGAAGCCGGAGCCGAAGCCGGAGCUGGAGUCGGAGCCGCAGCCAGAGCCGGAGCUGGAGCCGCAGCAGGAGUCGCUCCCGCAGCCACCACAGUUACUACAGCCGCAGCAGCUACGACAGUCCCGGCUUCUGAGGCGCAACACACAGCGCAGAGGAGCAAACAAAACAGAGGAGAAGUCCUGUUAAAUUUACUGUGCUCUGUUUCAGCCAUGAUCUUUAACAAGCCCUCCACAGACUGCUGUACAGUCCAGGGCCCAAACUCCUCGACCCCAGACCAUUAUCUCUCUCCAACGCAGAGCCUGGAUCAAAGAGGAGAAACGUCUUUUCAUAUAACACAUUACUAUGAAAUUGGCUGUCACUGUCUUCACGUAAACAAGGUAUUAAAGGAUAAGGGUUACCACAUGUCAGAAAUUAGUUUGGUAGAGCCCAAAGAACAAAUCUUGCUGUAUGUUAGCACUUUCUAUCUCUUCUUUCACAACGCAACCAAAAAUGAAUCCAUUGAGAACUAUAUACUAUAUAAAUAUAUAUAUAUACUAUAUCCUGACAGUAGGAGCUGAGUAGAAGACAGAAAGAGGACACAUCAACGGCUUACUGUACAUCUCAGAUUUUUUCCCCCUCAUCAUCUCCCCAAAGACUUCCAUUUCAUCGAAGCACAGAGAUCAACAAGAGUUAGAACAAAAGGAGACGUUGGCGGAUGAAAACGGGAGCGUAAAAGAGAAGGAACUUUUUUUAUGAUAAAACUUGUAUUGUAUAGGUUUGUCUGUAUAGAUGUAAACUCUCUUCAGUUCUGGCUUUGUAAACUAUGCACUGUAUAUUCCAUCUAGUUUGACGAGGUUUGUUUCGCAUGAUGCAUCAGGAGGGACUUGCUGCUGGAAGGAGAGUACCUGGCCGACACGAGAGGUGCCUGGGUGCAUCUGUGCUCUCCGCUGGCCGAUACAGUAUGUCAGCCUCCUGCGUACAGAGGUGAAUGGGACUAUUUAUUAUGUACUUUUACUCUUCCCUGUUUAAAUUAUGUUGGUUCUGCUACUCCUGACUUUACGUGAGAGUGUGUGUUUGUGUGUGUGUGUGUACCUCCUCUGCAAUGACCGGUGAGGUAAUCACUGAUGUGUGCGCCGCUGUAGCCUGCACCUGAGGCUGCUGUAUGGUACUGUACAGGUAAACUGUCUGCAAAAAGUCUCCAUGCACACAUGUGUUGACCACAGCUAUUUAUGAUUCUACUGUAUUUAUUUCUUUAUUAUUUAUUUAUUUAUUUAUUUAUUUAUUUAUCAUUUUUUGCAAUGAGCUGUAAAGCAGUCGGAUCAUGCUUCGAAGAUGCUGCAAAUGUAUUCCCAUUUUAAUAUGCACUGUAUAUGUCCAUGUUUUACACAAAAUCGGUCUCUCAUUUUGGCAAAGGCUUGCUGUCGCUAUCAGAUUAACGAGCAGGGUGAAGAUUCACCGCUGUGUGUUUUUAAAAUGCUCUGAUUGUAGCCAGUGGAAACGGAGCCUUCGCCCCCAGCUACUCUCACGACUGCCAUUAUGGCACCCCCGGCCUUUUGUAGUGGUUCAUUUUCACACAAGCCAUUGUGGCUCUGCCUGUGCUGAGGAGCGAAGGAUCAGAACAAAACCAAACAUCUCCAGAGUCCAUUAUUCUACUCGACUGUAUGUUUCCACCACAUAUUCUAAUCCCUUGUAUAAUGGGCUGCAAAAUGUUUCUGUCAGAGGUCCCCUGCUUACCAGCUUCAGGAGGAGGAUGUAUGUGGUGUAACCUGGUACAGCAGAGCAACUCAUCACCAGACAAAAUGUUGGCAUUGUACAUCUCUGCAAAUCAUGGUUACAUUUUAAUUGCAAGUUAUUAUGACGACGUUACUUUGAAACUUUAUUUUUCAACAACACAGUUUUUGGGACAUGCUUCAAGCUGGAUAUGCAGCUAUGUCUCAGUAAAAAAAAAUCACUUUGAUGGCACAACCCCGGCAGGAAAUGCAGCAAUACUUCAGUUAAAAACAACCGCUUUUCGUGGCACUAUCCCUGCAAGAAGAUCAGCGAUGUCUCGGUAAAAAACAUGCUUUUCGUGGCACUAUCCCAGGAGGAAACGCAGCAACAUCUCUGUGAAAAAAACAACCAUUUAUUGUGGCACUAUCCCUGCAAAAAAGCAGUGAUGGCUCAGUAAAAAACAACCAC